CUUCCAUCCCACCAGCGACGAACGAAGGCGGUCUUCACGAGAAAUCCACCACGAUGCCAUCCGCCUCCGUCGCCUCCGUCGCCUCCGUCGCCGUCGGUGCGCCCACGCGGCCCAUCCGUGUCCCCAUCCCCGAAAAGAAAGGCCAGCAGGGUCCCGCGACCGCCGAAUCCCGCCGCCUGAGCAAAAGCCUAAAGCGCAAACGAGACGAAAACGAGCUCGCCGCACUCUCCACCGCGGUCGAGAACUUCGACUCGAAGACCGCCACGCUCUUUGCCGAGUUACCAUUGACCCGCCAGUCUGCCGUCGCGCUCGAUAAGUCACACUUCAAGGCGCUCACCGAUAUCCAGCGGAAGGCAAUCCCGCUCGCGCUGAAGGGCAAAGAUGUGCUCGGCGCCGCGAAGACCGGGUCCGGGAAGACGUUGGCUUUUUUGAUCCCCGUGCUGGAGAACUUGUAUCGCAAGCAAUGGAACCACCUCGAUGGCGUCGGUGCGCUGAUUAUCUCUCCCACGCGCGAGCUGGCAACUCAGAUCUUUGAGGUGCUGCGGAAAGUCGGGCGGGAGCACACAUUCUCGGCGGGCCUGGUGAUCGGAGGGAAGAAGCUGAAGGACGAGCAGGAGGCGCUACAUCGCAUGAACAUCGUUGUGUGCACACCUGGCCGUAUGCUGCAGCAUAUGGACCAGACUGUUGGGCUCAACUUUGAGAACUUGCAGAUGCUGGUGCUUGACGAGGCCGACAGGAUUCUGGAUAUGGGGUUCCGGAAGACGCUGGAUGCGAUUAUCACCAAUCUCCCCCAGGAACGACAAACGCUGCUGUUUUCGGCGACGCAGACGAAGAGUGUGUCCGAUCUUGCGCGGCUGAGUCUGAAGGAGCCCGAGUACGUUGCCGUGCACGAGGCCGCCGCAUCGGCCACGCCCGUAACGCUGGAGCAAUUCUACAUGGUUGUUCCGCUGCACGAAAAGCUGGACACACUCUUCGCCUUCCUGCGGAACCACCUGACCGCAAAGAUCAUUGUCUUCAUGAGCUCGUGCAAGCAGGUCCGCUUUGUCUACGAAACCUUCCGACAGCUACACAUCGGUAUCCCGCUGCUGCACCUCCACGGAAAACAAAAGCAAACUGCACGCACAGACAUCACGGCCAGAUUCCUCGCCUCGCCGAACAGCUGUCUCUUCGCGACGGACGUGGUAGCCCGCGGCCUCGAUUUCCCCGGCGUCGACUGGGUGAUCCAAAUUGACGCACCAGAAGAUGCCGAUACCUACAUCCACCGCGUGGGUCGUACCGCGCGCUACGAAAAAACCGGGCGGGCACUGCUCUUCCUCUGUCCCAGCGAGGAGACAGGCGUAAUCAAGCGUCUGGAGGCGAAGAAAGUGCCGAUCGUCCGGGUCAACGCCAAGCAGUCCAAGAAGAAAGAGAUAAAGCCGCAGAUGCAAAGCCUGUGCUUCAAAGACCCGGAGCUGAAAUACCUCGGGCAGAAAGCCUUCGUUAGCUACGUGCGCAGCAUCUCGAUCCAGAAGGACCGCGAAACCUUCCAGCUGGCGGAAUACCCGCUCGAAGAGUUCGCCAGCAGUCUUGGGCUCCCCGGGCAGCCGCGGAUCAAGGGCAUGAAAACGGCCGAUACCGAACGGAUCAAGGAACGCAAGAACCUGCCCCGUGCGCUCCGGAAACUCGAGGAGGAGCAGGCCGCCGCCACUGCAGCAGCAGACAGCGACGAUGACAGCGACGCCGACUUGGCUAAGAAGAAGGACGAGAAGAAGGACGAGAAGAAGGUCCGCACUAAACACGACAAGAUGGUCGAGCGGCAGAACCAGAACGUGCUCGCUGAGCACUACCGCAGCCUCGUACACGAUGCGGACGCUUCGGAUGACGAUGCGGACUUCUUGCAGGUGAAGCGGACGGGUUACUCCGAUUCCGAAGGAGAGGAGGAAGACGACAAGGAGGAUGAGGAGGCGGAUGCGGAUGCGGACUCUACCGGCGGGGCGGUCGACCUAAUAAAGAAGGUAGUCCUCGGCCCCGACGGCAAGGAGCUAAUCAUCGACAGCAAGCGUCGCGAGAAGCUGGUGACGUCGAAGAAGAAGAUUGCGGCGCUCAAGUCGAAGGGAGUAAAACUGCGCUUCGACGACGAGGGCAAUGCGCGGUCCGUGUACGAGCUGCAGGAUGAGGAGAAGUUCCUUGCGUCUGGUGCGCCUGAGGACCAGAGGAAGAGCUUUUUGCAGACGGAGGGGAAGAAGGUCAAGAUCGCUGAUGUCGAGGAUCGCGAUCUGGCAAAGAGGAAGAAGAAGGAGAAGAAGGAGAAGCGGAAGCGCCUGGAGAGAGAGGCGAUGGGCGAGGAGAUGGCGGCGGAACAUAAUGAGGAGGAGGAGGGCAUCCAACUAUAUGGAAAGCUGGAGUUGCCGGAUUGGAAUGCUACUAGUGAUGAUGAUGAAGAAGGUGGGGGUGUUGAGCUACAGGAGAAGUCGGAGAGGCCGAGUAAGAAGAGGAAGAAGGAGAAGAGGAGAGUCAUUGAGGCGGAGGAUGAGCCCGAGACACUGGAGGACUUGGAAGCUCUGGCGGCUGGUUUGUUGGGUUGAGAUGGAGCUUGGUUAAUGUACAUUCAUACAACGGGUAUUUGCGAGCGUCAUAAAGGGAAUCAAAAGUUACUGUGCUGUCA